AUGUUACCUGGUAAUAGCGGUAUAGCCUAUGGUUGCACACCUUUCGAUUACGAUACAAUUGCGCAAAAUGUAGCAUUACGAUCACACUAUACUCUUGGUGAAAAUACACUCAAAUCGCAACAAAUCAGUAUCAGUAAUACAAUGGAAAAUAGACCCAUUGAUGGAACAAGCGAUUUGUUUUGCUAUGAUUUCGAUUCCAAUUGCCGAUGGCAUAAUUUAGAUGGUUUAUUUACGAAUGAUGAUUUAAAUUGGUAUCGCGGCAAUGGCUUUUUAGAUCACAAUCGUUUGCAGGUAUCAACCGGAACACAUAUUACACCUGAUGGAAGUUAUGGCAUUGUGGUAACAGAUCAAAUUCAGGCUCCGAAUUUGAAAGCGACAUUAAUUAGCGAUGUGAUAGCCUGUCAGCUUGGACUGGGAGAACUGCGAUUCAUGUAUUGGAUAAGUCCAGAAGUAAGAUUAACAGUAUGUAUAAAGCGCAUUAGCCAAUCAUAUCCGAAUUUUGACUUUUGUAGCAGUCCGAUAAGAGGAGGCAGUCCAGGUCCGGCACAAUUUAGCAUUGAUGAUCUUGAAAAUGAGCCAUUCCAGAUUUUGAUCCAAGCUGAUAAUUUCGUAUUCCACUCUGCUAAUUUGGAAGGCGGUUUUGCCAUUAUUGACAACUUGGAGUAUUAUGGCGACCUGUGUUAUGAUGCUACCAUACUUCCGAUUAAUGUCAGAAUUCAAGAUUUCAUCGUAUCGCAAGUCAUAUAUGACGAAAGUGAACCAACGGAAAAUCCCGGUCUGGAAAUCAUUUCUACUGCUUAUAAAUCGGUAUGUGAUGUACUACAGUGUACUUUCAACGAAGAUGAUGAUCAGUGUGGCAUAGAUACUUCGAAUUCAAUGUGGUCUAUUGCGCGUCCCACUGUUGACGGAAUCCGGACAGAAAAUAAUGCUUCAACUAGUUCGUUUAUUUACAUCGUAGGACCUGUAACAAGGGAUCGUCUUCAUACGGCACCUUUCCAAUCCACCACUGAUUUCAACCUUCUUUUCGCUUAUUACAAAACUUCAAACAAUCCCAAACUCCGAGCUAUUGUCAAAAUGAAAGAAAAACCCAUGGAAAAAAUUGUCUUCACGGCUCCAAUACAAAAAAAAAAGACUAGACGAUGGUACCGAGAACUGAUUUCACUAGAAGCGGGAAUAUACGAUUACGUAGCUGUAGAGAUCCAAAAUUUGGAUGACAACGAACAUAUCGGUAUUGACGAAUUUUCAGUGUUGGAUUCACAGAAGAGGCCAUUGUGUUCUCAGCAGAGGAAUUCCUGA